GUUGUUUUUAUCAAUAUUGCAUUUGUUUAUUGUGCUAAAGUUUAUUUAAUAAUUAUUUUCAGCUUUUAAAUUAUUAAUAUUUUUUGUUAUUUGGUAUUACAAGAUUUGUGAAUUAUAGGUUUUGGUAAAUUACACAAAAUAACCUAACAUUUGUGCAUCAAACAUAACCUCAAAAAUACAUGGGUAAAGUAUAAUUUUUGCAAUGCCUGUAGAUCACAAAAGAAUCAAUGGUCCGGAAAUAUCAAUUCCAUACCAAUUAUUUGACAAAUUAAAUACAAAAUCUUUGAAAACCCAAUUCAGUGAAAUUGUGCAGCGCAAUGGAACACGAGCGGAUGGAAGAUCAUCAUCAGAGCAUAGAAAAAUAUUUAUGAAAACUGGGGUCGUCAGCCAAGCUAAGGGUUCAGCAUAUAUUGAAUUAGACCAAACAAAAGUAAUAGUAUCUGUAUUUGACCCCCGAGAAAUCCCUAAUAAAACUGACUACAGUUCCAAAGGCGAAAUCUAUUGCGAAUUUAAAUUUGCGCCAUUCAGUUGCCACAAACGUAGAUUACAUCAACAAGACUCCGAAGAACAACAAUACAGUGCUAUUAUGAAACAAGCAUUAGAAUCUGCAGUAUUCAGACACGAAUUUCCUAAUUUUCAAGUAGAUAUUUACGCCAUAGUGUUACACAAUGAUGGAUCUGCCUUAAGUGCAGCUAUAACAGCAGCUGGAGUGGCUUUAGCACAUGCAGGAAUUCCAAUGUAUGAUUUAAUAACAUCAGUGACUUUAGCUGUGCAAGGAAACAAUCUUUUGGUAGACCCUACUUUAGAAGAGGAACGUUUAUGUCAAGUCCCUUUGUUUAAAGAGGAACAAAGUGAUCACGGGAUUGUUGUAUUGUCAGUUUUAGCAACUCAUGAGCAAAUUUCUCAGUUUUACCAAAGUGGAUAUUUGUCUUAUGGUUGCUUAAGUUCAGGGAUUGAGAUUCUUACUAAUGCUACUAAAGACAUUGUUACGUUAGUUCAAAAAUGUCUUGUGAAACAUGUUAUUAAAUGUGUAAGAAAUGUUGAAGAUUAAAUAAGGGAAUAAACAAUUUUUUGUAAAGUUUGCCCACGUAAAAUUUUAAGAUAAUAAAAACAAACUGAUUUGUUUUUUUAAUUAAAAUGAUUAUU